UUGAGUGUUUUAUGUAAAUUUUCUGAAAACAGUAAUGUACAAAAAAUUUUAACUGUCGGUUAUUCUGCACAUAAUUACAACAAAUUCUUUCAUACGGAUUCGCAUCUACGCACAAUUGAAAAAAUCAGUGCAGUGAAAGGCACCAAAGAAAAUUUCUCUGCAUUACAAAUGAAAAAAAGACCUUUGCGAAAAAAGAGAACUCCAGCAGAAAACGACGAAGCACUUGUACCUGGUUUUUGGAGCGUGAAAGCAUUGGCAACUGCUGAAGAAUACAACUUGGAGAAUUUGAAAGAAGGUUUAAUCAAACAAAAUUUGUAUGUACCUGUUGAAAUUAGAACUUCUGCUAAACGUAAGUUUCAACAAAAUUUAAUUCAAGCUGUAGCUAAGUAUGAAGUAGGCGAUGAACCAAGAGAAAUUUAUUUUUUUCGAGAGGGCACUGCAGUAAUGUGGAAUAUUACUGAUUUAGAAUGUAGUAAUUUGCUACGAUUUUUAAAACAAUACCAAUUUAGUAGUUACUCAUCAGAUGAGCUAGUUCAGGCUGAAGGAGAAGUAAUGCUUUAUACUUAUACUGAAUCUGGGUACUUGUUUAUUCAUAGUGUUAAAAAAUGCAUGAAAUUUUAAAGAAGACCAAAAGCUUAUUUUUUGUUUUAUGUUUUAAUCAGUAAACAUAGUCAUCUGAAAGAUGGUGAUAUAUAUCUCUCACCUGGUGCUACUCUUGAUAAGUAUACAUUCUCAAAUGCUAUAUCGCAAUCAGUUAAACUAGGCAUUUGGGAAGCUACGCUGGAUCGUUACAUAGAUUCUAUAGAAUUUGUAACUGAAGAUUUGAAACAUGGUCGACAAAUUAGAAUGUCUCGUGAAGAAGUAUUGAGGAAACAAGGCGAGCUUCUUGCCUUGAGGCAUUUAAUCAAUUUAAGCUCCGAUCUCCUGGACACUCCUGAUUUUUAUUGGGAACGUGAUGAUUUGGAAUCACUUUAUCAGCAAACUUGCGCUUACUUUAACAUUGCAAAGAGAACUAGAGUGACAAAUGAAAAAAUCAAUCACUGCGUUGAACUAGUUGAGUUGCUCUCCUCGCAUCUCAGCGACCGACAUCACGUUCGUCUGGAAUGGAUGAUCAUAGCUUUAAUUAUGGUUGAAGUUGGCUUUGAGAUUUUGCAUUAUGUAGACCGCUAUUUAGCAAAACAAGAAAAUGAAUUAAUUGAAAGGCCAAAUGUUAUUACAUUACAGUAA